AUGCAGGGUCAAUACCGCCAGUACCCCCAAACGCCUCAAAGGCAGGGGCAAACCGCGAGCCAGCGGAGAGGAGGAAUUGGCCCUAUGAUGUCGGCCGGACCCCACCCCUCCGUACCUUUAACUCAGGCUCAGAUUGCCCAGCAGCAGCAAGCGCAGGCACAAGCUAAUGAGCUGGCGAAAAGGAGGAGUAGAAAACCAACAGACAAGGCAAUGCCUGAGGGAAUUGAAGACACAACUAUAGAUCCGGAGCUCGUCGCAUUAUAUAGUAGUCUUCGUGCGUAUGAGCGUCGUCUUGAUGCUACAUUGGCUCGAAAGAGACUAGACAUUAUCGACAAUGCUAGCCGGUAUCUGAAGCAUCGCCGGACUCUGCGCCUUUGGAUCAGCAAUACCAUCCAAGACCAACCAUGGCAAAGCAGCGACCUGAACGUGGAUACCUUCGAUUUUAGCAAUAACUUAGAGUCUACAUACACCGUUCGCAUGGAGGGCCGCCUUCUUAAUGACGAGUUUCAGCAAUCUCUGAAAUAUGGUGAAGGGGACGAUCAAUGGAAGAAAGCGGAGCGCAGCACAACAUCCUCGAAUCUACCGCACACUACGGAUUUUGACGAGUUCACCUUCAAACGAAACGGCGAUGACAACAUGAAUAUCACAAUCAAUCUCGCGCGACAUGAUGAGCCAGAGCGAUUCCUUCUAAGCCCGGAGCUUGCUGCAGUUGUGGACAUGGAUGAGGCAACGCGCCAAGAAGCCAUGAUGGGCAUAUGGGAGUACAUCAGAUAUGCGGGACUUCAAGAGGAUGAAGAAAAACGCAAUUUUCGAUGCGACGACUUUUUGAAGAGGGUUAUCAACCGGGGCGAUAUUGGCCACAUCCCCUUUUGGGCGAAUACAUAG